AUGGCAGCAGGACGCCCUCACAGAUCGCUGGUGGGACGCAGGAGACGCGUGGAUGAGGAAGGGGAGGAGGACGACGGCCCGAUCAUCGUCAACGACUCGCAGAGUGAAGGCUCCGUCCUCAGCGAAGUCGACGAGGAUGAUACGACGAGUCUUAGCGGGUCUCCGGUGCCUGCUGAGCCAACUGGGGCAGAUGCGGGAGAAGACCGGGCCGAGUCAAGUAUUACUAACGGCGCAAAGGCUGGGAAGAAGACGAAGCGGAAGAAGAAGGCGCGGAAGGAGAGGGAGAAGGAGCAGUCUGUCGAGGAGGAGACGGUCGAGCCUUCCACAUCAGAGUUCAAGCCGAUGGCGGACACGGAGGCCAUGAUGAAUGGGUUGCGGAUCGAGGAGGGCGCAAAGGAUCAAGAGGUCGUGGACUUUGAGACGAUGGAGCGACAAGAAACACCAAGCGCAGUGCCUACAAAACCACGAGGCCAAAACGGCAGUGCAGAGACAGCGGUUCAGCGACAGCGGAGAGAGCACGAAGAAUACCGGAAGAAGCGGGAUGCUGACCCGGCAUUCGUGCCCAAUCGCGGCAACUUCUUCAUGCACGAUACUCGGGGUCAACAGAACGGCCAGCCCCCGAAUAUGAUGCGCGGAGGGUUUAUGGGACGGGGACGCGGCCGGGGAGGUAUGCCAAUACCCACACCUACAUCUGGACCCUUUUCGCCUGCGAACUCAGCGCCGCCAACGGAACGCCCUGCCGAACAAGCGUGGAAACAUGAUUUACACGAGACGAUCAACGAGGAAGCUAUCCCGACCGCUACGAACGGGAAUGGAAACGAUGCCAAGCUCCAGCAAGAACAAUCCGAGUCCGCCCGCCUAUUCCCCAAACCCACCGCGCCACCCCUCCAACAACAACACCAACAACCGCGAACCCUAAACUUCUCAACCACCACCCUCGUCGGCCGCGUCCAGAUCCGCGUCCUCCUCCCCGGACCCCACCAGCACAAACCCAUCACCUUCUCCGAAGUCCCCUGGAAACACUACCUCCGUCUCCCCAACCACCGGCCUCCCUUACGCAGAGACAAACCCGUGCGCGUCUCGCUUCCGGACAGACCACCGCAUUAUAUCUUCCCUUCUUCCGAUCGGAGUUUUAUUUUUAUUCCACGACAACAACGCCAGGGUCAGUUUGGGAUUAGUCAAAAUCCACAUCAUCAGCAUCAGCAUCAUCGGGGUUCGUAUCAGCGGGCCUCUGUUGCUGGAGGCGGAGGGCAGGGUUACUCGAGUCGGAGGACGAGUGUUUAUGGAGGCAGCUUUUACGCUUCCAGUGUAGCGGCUAGUCGACGUUCGUCGAUCGCGGGCAUCAAUCGCGGGGAUGCUUUCUCCCCGACUUCUUUCGCUAGUGGGAUGCCGUCGUCUAAUAGGCCGAUGGUUAGACUUCCGCACCCUGGGUACCAACAAGGGGGACAUUAUUCCGGCACUAUCACCCCUUCUAACCAGAUGGGUAUGGGUAUGGGCAUGGGUAUGGCAAUGAGUCUAUCAGGCCUCCACACCCCCACCAACGGCGGUGAUGGUAGUGGAUAUCCCGCGCAUAUGCAAAUGCACACUUAUCCCCUCCCGCAACAACCGGCGUUUCAGGGUACGCCGACGAGUACCAUGCACCAGCCGCGACCGCAGAAGGCGAUUUCAGUCAGUGGGAUCGAGAGCCCGGCGCUCCUUACGCAGGUGCCGAGUAAUGAGGUUUUGGCUGUGCCGCAGCAGCAGCAGCCUUUUGAGGGACAGUUGCCUGUCGGAUUUGGUCAGGGGCAGGGGCAGGGGCAGCAGACCCCGAUGUGGCAGGGUCAGGGCCAGCUGCAGCAGCAGCCGUAUUUCGAGCCAAGGGGACAAUUUGGAUAUUCGGGUAUGCAGCAGCAGCAACAAGCACCGUCGUAUGGUCAGCAGCAGCAACAGCAGGCUGGAACGCCACUCUCCGGGAUCCCGGAACAGGCUAUUCAUGCUCCUUCUUUCCUGCCUCCGCCUCCUCAGCAGCAGCAACAACAGAUGGGUUAUCAUCAAUCACAGGGGUUUUAUCCGCAGUUCCCGCCUCAGCAGCAGCAAUUUUUCUAUCCGCCUCAGAUGGGUGGAGAGGGGUAUGGGAAUAUGGGGAUGGGGAUGGGGAUGGGUGGUGGAAUGGGAUAUGUGCCCCCGCAUCAGGCAAUGCAGAUGCAGCAGGUAAAUGGUAUGUCCUCGAAUGGAGAGCAAGGGGGUUAUCAGCAGAUGUCUGGACAGGGGUACGAGCAGCAUGUCCCCCCUUCUGCGCCCACGGACGGGCAAACAGAUCAGCAGCAGCAGUCUUCUGCGCCUGCUUCAGGCUCGAAUAUGCUGGCCCGUGAACAGAACGGCAUGGUCUUCUAUGUUCCCCGCUCCGACGUCCCGGACCAACAACAACAACAACAGACGCACCAACAACCGAAUUCUCCCCAACCUCCUCAGCAGAAUGGCAGCAGCAGCAAUAGUGCGCACGUUACCCCUCUCGCGCCUUCCUCAGACCAGAGUGCUGGAGCGCAAAGGGACUACCAACCCGCCGAAUCCUUCGUCCCGGCUUACGCACUUCCUGGGCUGGCCCCGAUGUCGGACCCAGGAAUGGAUAUGAUGGCUGGAAUGCAAGGGCAGGGUCAGAAUUGGUAUUAUGGUCAGGCGCCGAUGCAGAUGCAUGAUCAAGGACAGCAGCAGGGGCAGCAACAGCAACGGGGGCAGGGGAUGUAUUACUAG